AUGACCCUCUAUACGCCAGCUGAAAUCGCAGUAGGACAUUCUCUUUUGAAUCUAAACUACGCUUAUGUGUCCGCAACUGUAAUAUGGGUCUAUGACUAUAUCAUCAAAUUCGAUGAUGAGCUGGCAUAUCUUCGCAAGUCGAGGUGGGGGGCGGUCAAGAUGUUGUAUCUGGUGUGCCGCUAUCUGCCAUUUGUGCUGUUAGCGACAGAUACCUACCAGGUUUUGCAACCCGCCUUGCCACUGAGUCUAUGCGAGACAUACUUCGUGAUGAACUCGUGGCUUGAGGGAAUUACGUUGGUAACUGCGGAAAGUAUGUUCAUAUCGAGAACGUACGCCAUCUGGGGAAGAAGCAGGAGGAUAUUGAUCAUUCUCACAUGUAGCGCUGUCGCAAUUAUGAUUCCAGUUGGUUAUCUCAUGACUAACUUUGGCAACUCAACGGAAAUAACUGAACCUCCGAUACCCAACAUCACCAGCUGUUAUAAUGUCGGCGGAAGUCGCAUCAUUGUUGUAGCCUAUGUCUUGCUAGUGGUUGGCGAGUUUGAAAUUCUAUGUUUCACGCUAUACCGCUCGAUCAAACAUUACAAAGGCCUUACAAGCCGCAAUCACCUGCUCAGUAUUCUCAUUCAGCACAACAUAUUCUAUUUCAUCUGCGGACUUGUCUUUUCACUCCUUCUCAUCCUGACCCUAGGGUUUCUUCCCCUUGUGUACGGCGACAUGAUUUCGAACGUGCAGGCAACGGUACAUGCCCUUCUCAUUACACGGAUGCAUCUUGAGCUCUGGAAAUCGGAUCGUGGACGGGGAUUGGUCCUCGGUGAUAGUAUAGCCCUAGAUACAUGGCAACAAACUCCUAGAAGUCGCGAUGAGGAUUGGUGUGGAGAUGUUUUGGAAAUAGGACCUAGUCUUUAGUAGCUUCCAGCAGGUUGUGCAACUAUGUACACUGGUGCUAGUGACUAUGUUUAGCUGUAACUUUGCAGAUGC